AUGUAUACACUACCUCUACUGCAGUAUAACGAUAGAAAGUGCCAUAUUUUUUUAAAUUGUGCCAAUGCUUAACAGUAAAAACUCUCCGCCAAUUCUCGAACAUGAUUAACAUCUUGCACCCAUUCACAUCCCCGUCAUUUCGUCCCCCUCUCAGCCCGGUUCCGUUCAGUAUCAACUAAGUUGUUCGAUUUCGACUGGCGCACCGCGAUUUCAUUGACUCCAUUACAAAUCUAUGCGUAUUAUUCUGGUAUAAACUAGACUAGGCUCACCGGCGUCUUAAAUGGCAAUUCAUCUAUCGAUGAAACGCAGUUACACAUAAGCAAAAAUGGGUUUGGCCUGGUUGCCUUUGAAACUGCUUUCCGUGUCUCCCCAUCAGGUAAAGGUGACAGCGUCACUAGCAGCCGCAUCAGCAGCAGCAGCUGAAACGGCACUACCUAUUUACCUUCUUAUGACUAAAUGUCGAAUGAGCGUCCACGACAAGUGUCCACCAACGCGGACUCGAUCAUCUGUCUCGAUCGGUCGUAUUUCGUUGUGUCGCGAUUCUUCGUGUUGCUACAGCCGCAGCAGCAACAGCAGCAGUCGCCGUGCCACUAAUCGAAACAGCGUAAAUGUGUUAUUAUGAUUAUUGUGCUCUUCACACAUUAUUUGAGGGUGCUGCUGUGAUGGGGUCUUCGGUUAGCUAAGCGACAGAAUCCGUUUGAGUGGGGACAAAUCGCGAGUCUGGCGUAGCAACUGCUGCAAAGACGUUUACAGCGUGUACGGCGACGGCAUUCGCAGUUGUUUGCUUUUCGCCUCGCACCACUCCAUAAGAUCAGUAACUAUAACGUAACUAUUGCACGUGUUUUUUCGAUUCCAGUGACGAUGGUGAUAACGGCAAUAAUGAUGCGGUGACGAUGGUCUAAAUCGACACGCUGCUCGUGCUAGAAGUGGCUGUUAGGGAUCGUUGUAUCAGGAGUGCACCGUUGAGGCCUCGUGGUUGUCGUUAUCAUAGUGCUUGUUAUUGUUUCCGCGACAUGCCGCAAUUUGAAAUGGCGUCGAGUAACCAUGGGCCAGUGUUGCUAGCGGGGGCAAUUAGGGAGGAGAUGGCCAACGGCGAUCGGCCAUUAGCGACGUCUUGACCUGUCUUAUUCUUCUACCAGUUUAAUUCAGCGUCUAAUUGCUACUAUCUACUCCUCCUCAGCCGUUCACUUGCUACCUUAUUGUAACAAAAAAGUGAACGGGUUUGUGCGAGAUCUUCCUGUCAAUUUUGGUUCCUCGUUCGUUCAUUCGUCCGUGUGUUUGUUUAAUUUCCGCCUACAUCACACUGCUGUACUACAGUUAUACGGUUUACAAUGCUACUCUGACCCCCCUACAGCGCACUAAAUUAGCACAGAUCAAAUCGUGUUCGAACAAGCUGAAAGAAAAGGUUAAAUCUAAACAACCUAACAAGUAUCUAGUCAAUUCGCUAAGUAGCGACGCAGAGCUUACGGAACGUGCAAAAUUAUUCCAAAAUUGCGUCGUACGGCGGACAUGUCUUUGGGUGAAUAAAGAGCAAAAAAGGGUUAAAUUUUGUUAAGAAUAACAUGAAAAAUUCGAAACUGAGCAAGAAUCAACCGUUCAUUUUUGAGGAGUUCAACCGUUACUACCGUGAAACAACGCUAGUAUUUCUGCGAGCUUUUUAUUCUGCCUAAGCGAGAAGCAUUUGCUUCUUUAUUACUGUCUCGCGUGACAAUCUGGAGACGUACUAACGUAGCGUGUCGAUAGAUUUAGAAAACACAGUGGUAUAUUUGUUUUCGGUAAUGCUGACUAGCCUCCUCGCGCCACAAGGUCAUAUUCGUAUCGAAAUAGGUGCGCACUGGAUCUACUAUUAGAACAGCAAGUAGAUCUCGAAAAAAGUGUAAAUUCCGGUCAAUAGACCGCGUGGAAUUUACUGCCUAAAUUUCACCUCGGUUUCAACCAUCAUGCGCGCAGUUGGUGCAGUCAGAGGUGUCAGUGGAAGCACCUCAAAUCGUGCCCCACGAACUGGGGGCGGUGGAGGUGGCGGAGGUCGAGGUGGCAUAAGUGAAACUGCCCUCCAAAAACUGGAUAGGGCGAAACAAGAAUUGGGCGCUUCGAAGGACGCCCUUGGUGGAGGGACUCACGAAUUGCGCAAGGAGUACUGCUCGCUGAUUGAAGAUGUGCUCUUUAGCGAUCUCGAGUAUGCACUAGGACGCAAGCUGGAACAAGACCUGUGGAACAUGGCCUUUCGGGCAUCAAUCUCUGCCCUGCAGAAGGAGGCCAGUCUAAGUCGAGAGGGUUCCCUCAAGCUUGGUCUGAUGAUCGACCUUUCAAGUGGAUAUUUUCUGCAGCUCCUGCAAAGGCUUGUACAACGGUAUCGAGUCACAGAGCUUAAGAUGAUGCCCGGACCAGAUUGUCUAGGAAUAAUGGACGUCAGAGAUGAUUCGUCUUCAUCGGAGCAGGACCACAUUCGCAUUGCAAAACGAUCUCGCGUACUUUACAUCUGCCAAUAUUGCCUAGUACAUCUAGGUGACCUGGCCCGUUACAGAAACGACCUUCAACUGGCCGAGAGCUACUACCGUCAGGCUGUCGACAUCGAGCCCCGUAACGGUCAUCCGUACAAUCAGCUGGGCUUGCUCGAGGGAGCCAAAGGAAAUCGGCUAGCCACCCUCUUUCUGUACGUUCGAGCAUUAUCAGUCAGUCAUCCAUUUGUUGUUGCGGUAACCAACCUUGAGAGCAUGUACUCGAAGCUUAUACAAGAGGAGCAGUCUUCCAGAAUUUCUCCGCCCAUGUCAAAGGAGUCAAGGUACGACAGUCGAAUGGCGCCAGCUGAGUUAACUGGGGCUUUUCUACACUUUAUUAGUCUAGUCCACCUUAACCAGCAGCCUGCGCUUGCGAGAAAAAUUUUAUCGACGCUAAUGUUAGCGCUGCCCCGGUUAGUGUGCAGCGAAAAGUUGGACGAGCAGACACUGCUUCAGAUGGCGACUAUGGCGCUGUACACGUUCACGCGGUCAAAACCUAAAAGCCCCGGAACGGUAGCGAACACCUACGGUAAGAAAUCGAUUACAGAGGCGCAACUUGUAGAAGUAGAUGGUGCGGCGAAAAUGAUGAGCGAAUUCGUAUUUGGCCUAUUUCGGUGUGUUUUAUUGGCAAAUGUGAGUUCGACUGUAGCCAAUCCAGCGAUAGCCACAGCAUUGUUACUUCUUGAAGCCUUGCUAGCCAACCCAAAAAACGUGUCCAUUAACCCCGUCAAUGACCUUUGGUAUGUGCUUCGCACGGUGCUUAACUCCUUCGCAAGACAAUUGACUCUCGACUGGAAAGAUGAGGCUCUACCUGAAGAUUUCGAACUACGCGGUUUUCUCCCUCUACGAAUGGUCCAAUCGAAACUAAAAUUCGCUAGCCAUGGACUCACGCGGGCUCAGGCCGCCGAACUGCGAUUAAGCCGGUUUGUCAAGCAAGGUAAAGAGCUGUGUAAAGUGAAAUUCCUUGAUGGCAGCGCUAUCAUCAGUUUCAUUGAUGAUGAGUUUCGCGCAAAAGAGUGUACAACUGAGGAUGAUCUUGUUAAGGAACUUGAACGCAUACGGCUAGAUAAAGACGAUCUGAGACCGGCAGUUCGUUUCAACGUGGAUGAGCCCAUAGAUCCGCGUCGCGAAAAACCGAAAAGACAAAACGUAGCCUUGCAAGCAAUCAUGAACCAACGUCAGGCACCACCGCCUGAGCCUGUUACACCAGGAUCAAUUGGAACCAUACCAUUCACCCAGCCACCGCCACCAUUAAAUGCUGCUCCGAAAUGGAACUUACCUGCGCCGGUAGCACCUCCUCCAGCUCCAGCCUUAAUGCAUCCGUCGGGGACAUAUCCGAUGACAAUCGAAGAACUGGUUAAGCAACCCCCACCUCCUAUAUACAAUGUUGAUCUUCGUUUGGUGCCUCCCCCAACUCACUCCCUAACCAGGCCACAACAAGGACCAACACCCACAUCCCUCGGAUUUAACAAUCCGAACGCUAUGCCCGGACAAAUCGUCCAGUCGAACACCUAUUCAUUAUUUAGUGGCGGCUCAUGGAAUCCUCAAAUGGGGACGCAGAUGGGCAGCGGACAUACCAACGGGCCUAGGCCACCCCUCUUGCCGUUGGUUGGUUUAGCCAGCGCUGGGGGUAUAGGCAAUGCUCCUCGACCCCAGGGGGGUUCUUUAUGGAAACCUGAGAAGGGUCCUCAGGGCACAUCGGCGUUAGAACGACUGCUCAAGGAAACCAAAAAGACGAAGGACCCUUAGGCAGCAGCUGCUAUCGCGUCGUAAUAUCUGUUGAGAUGCAGUGUCUGUUGAGUUAAUGCUACGACUACGGAAAUUAGUGAUUCAUCUAGCUAGGACUUGAACUAGGUUGUUUCAACCUCGGGAACGCAUUAACAAAGAAGGAAAAAACGGACCGACCUGAUGAUACAAUUGAGAACAUCGACAAUAUUCUAUUGUAUUUUAUGCCGCGAAAUUGCCGUCUUAGCUCGAUUAAGUAAGAUACGGGGCUUAAGACCGCUGAGAAGAUGAGCGCGUUGUUGAUGUUGCAGCAAACAAUGGCUUUUCGAGUGACGCAAAUGAUGAUAUAUUUGUUAACAAAUCGCAAUGAGAAUGACCAGACUAUAAAAAAACUGUGUUCCAUAAGCAUAGAUAUCUAAGAGGAUAUAAGAAUGUAAUUCUAUGUGUUAUUAUAAUAUAUAUAUAUUGUGGCACGCAGCAUACGUGCUUGUAUAAAUGGAUGGUUAUACCUUCAUUUGAGGGAGAGACAAUGGAAAGCGCUGGUUACAUUUCGAGACAGUUCGCUGAUAAAAGUGAUAAAUGCAGAGGAAAGUUCAGACCUUUUCUGCGUGCACUCACCGCUUCCCGACGGAUGAGAAAAAAACACUUAUUAAGCUGUUGAGUCUGACAGUUUACUGAUUCUACGCGUGAAAUAAAAAUACCAUGGUUACAUUAA